CUGCUCGUGCAGGAAAAGCACGCGGGGGCAGAGCCGCAGCUGGCGCUUUCUGGCCUUCGCCGUCCCGGGCUGGUGGCUGUCCUCGCCUCCUGCGCCCGAUCCCUGCGGACGCAGCUCCCGGCGCGCGAUCGGGGCGGGCGGUCGCCUGCUUGGCUUCGGCUCCCUCCCAACCGCGGGAGGGUCUCCCCGGCUGCGCCCGCAGCCAACCCGCCCCGCUUCUCCGGCUUGGCAGCCCGGCCGCCGCUCCGGAGCCGCGCCAUGAGCCUUGACGUCGCGGCGGCGGCGGAGCGCAACAAGGAGCCCAUCCUGGCCGUGCUGCGGCGCUACGUGGGCGCCCAGCCGCGCGUCCGGGUGCUGGAGGUGGCCUCGGGGACCGGCCAGCACGCGGCCCAUUUCGCCCAAGCGCUGCCCAACGUGGAGUGGCAGCCGUCGGACGUGGAUCCCCGAGCCCUGGAGAGUAUUUCGGCAUUUAUCAAAACAUUCCACCUCUCAAAUGUCAAACCACCCAUCUACCUGGAUUCAUCCCAAGGCUGGGAGACCUGGGGAGGUUUUCUCCCAGACUCGUUGGAUCUCAUCGUCAACAUCAACAUGAGUCAUAUCUCAGAAAUGAAGUGCACCGAGAGCUUGUUCCAGGGAGCUGGAAAACUACUCAGACCCAAAGCAGUGAUGAUCACCUACGGGCCCUACGCGGUGAAUGGCUGCAUCACACCACAGAGCAACGUUGAUUUUGAUCACAGGUUAAGGCAGUGCAAUCCAACUUGGGGGCUCCGGGACACUGCGGUCCUGCAACAGCUUGCUGAGGCCAAUGGGAUGCAGUUGGAAAAAAUGGUUGACAUGCCUGCGAACAACAAGUGCCUUAUCUUCCGCAAACACUAAGCCGCCGCGCUGCCGUCUCCCCGAGGGACCCGGAUGGACCACUUCAGGAUGCUGCGGAGGUCUCUUCCUUCUGCAGUACUUCUUCUGUUUCUGUCAGGCUGAGCUCUGCUUUUCUCAAGUUCCUGGGGAGGUCCUUGUGGGCUGAUGGGACCAGGUGCCAUGGUUAAUUCAUAGCUGGGGAAGAAAACUUUCUGGAAGAACAGCGGUCCAGCAGAGAUGCUUGAUGACGUUGCUCCUCACCAUUUCUGGUGUAGAGAUAGGAUGCUUUAUGCCUCUUUGGUGUUUGGGGACUAGAUGCUUGCAUUCCUGGACACAUGAGACUCAAGAUGCAGGGAUGACUGUGGCUCACGCCAUGCCUUGACCAGGAAGGUCAUUCAGCUCUCUGCUUUGGACGUAAUGCUUCAAACUCAGCUUUUGCUUCUGGGUUGUCCCCAUCACAUAACAAAUUGUCACCUGUCUGUUUAGAUGCACCCUUCAGCCUUAGAAACAGGGUGUGUUCCCAGGGCACACUCAACAAGAAAGCUCAGUUAACAAGCACAUCGCCCCAGGUCACCCCCUGCCUGCCAGCUGCUCUCUCACCAAGCAUGGUGGUUUGGUGGUCCUCCCUAAUAAUCACUGCUUGGUGGAUCCAGGAAGCCACACAUGUAACCAAGGUUUGGUACAGGUUUGACAUCCUGGUUUUGGGAUGCCUUAAAUGUCUGCUAGGGACGCGGUGGCGCUG